AUGGACUCGUACUACUGGUUAUUUCUAUGUGGUGCCAUCGUGGUUUCCGUUGCUAUCUUCAAGCCUGGAUUAAUAUCGUCCUCGGCUACGAUAACAUGCGAAAACCUCAUCCAUAGCUAUCUUCAACGGGUAUAUUCCAUCACAAACAGCAACGGCCAACACAUCCGGGGCCCAAAAUGGUCAUGGCCCCAUGGACACUUUUUUGACAAAUUUGUCAACGGUUACGCAAAAUGUAGGGAAUGGAGACAAUCGUUCGGGGAUGUCUAUCGCGUUUGGGCUGCGAACACUCCUGAGAUCGUUAUCACUACCUCGCAAGACGUACGAGUAUUUCACAUAGACUCGACUUUCCAUCAUAAGUCUGCGUCGAGUAACGCAGGCUGGUUUUUUCAUGAGCUUUUGGGCGAUUGCAUGGGCUUUGUUAAUGGCGAAAGAUGGAAGCAACUCCGGUCAAAAGUCAACCAACAUUUCACGCAUGAAGCGUUAACGCAGAGUACUGAUGCUCUGAAUGAUACUGUCCGAAACUAUCUGAUGACGAUAACCGCAGAUCAGGUCAAGGACGAAACUAAAAAUCAGGUCACACUCCACGUAGCCAGUGCUCUCGGAAAAUUGGUCUUCUACUGCACAGCAGAGAGGAUAUAUGGGCCGAUGACGACCGAUGAAAAGGACGAGUUGUGGUCCAUAGGCGAGCAGCGAUUCCCACUACUACGAUUUGCGCUUGCUGGACCCGCAUAUCGCUUUGGUGUCUUUAGUUCCCUAUGCAUGCAGGCCAAAACAGAACUGGCUGAAUUUCAGACGAAUUGGUUCGCAUUCAAUGAGAAAAUGUACGAGUCGCGGAGGACUCUCGCAUCACGAGGUCAAUUCAUAGUGCCACUCUGGGAGUCCAUGCAAGAAAAUCGUAUAGGCAAAAAUGAACUGCUACAGACACUAGACGAAAUGUUGUUUGCGAACCUUGACGUUGCUUCUCAUGUCCUGACAUGGAUGGUUAUUCACGUUGCUGAAAACCCCAGGAUACAAAAGGAUCUUCGCGAGGAAGCUGCUGAUGAACAACAACGAAGUCUUAGCCAAUACCUUCAACAGAAGACAACUUUGCUUGGGCAAAGCUUCUUAGAAUCGAUGCGCCUUCGACCCUUUACAGCUUUCUCUAUACCGGAAAGCGCAUCUGAAGAUAAGAUAUUUAGUAAUGAUAUUCGCGUCCCUGCAGGUACCUCAGUUGUUGUGGACACUAUCGCAAUUAAUAUCGACAAUCCAUUUUGGGGUGAGGACAGUCAUAAGUUCAGACCUGAACGUUUCAAGGGUAUCAGUCCGAUUGAUAUGCGAUACAAUCUCUUCACUUUCGGAUUCGGCACGAGAAAAUGCUUAGGUCAGUACUUUGCUGAGGCGGUAGUAAAGUUAUGUGUAAUCAAUCUUCUUGAUUUCUAUGAUAUUAGGGUUGUCCAUCCAUCUGAUGGCGCGCAAUCUGGACAAAAUAAGACAUGGAUCCCGGCUAGCGAUAUGCGUCUUACGCUCACAAAGAGGGAUACAAGUAAUUAG